GGAGGGGGUGGAGGUUUGUCUCCGCUGUUUCAUCUCUAUGGCUGUCAGAGGUGGGCGGCUUUGACCCAGAAGCUGCUGGAGCUCGUUUUAGGACGCCAGAAGCGGGGUUUCACCACGUUAGCCAGGAUGGUCUCAAUCUCCUGACCUCGUGAUCCACCUGCCUCGGCCUCCCGAAGUGCUGGGAUUACAGUUAUUUGGAAGGGCAGAUUUUCACCCUUUACUACUUCUUCCUUCACCAGACGAUGUUUCGUCUGAACUCACUUUCUGCUUUGGCAGAACUGGCUGUGGGUUCUCGAUGGUACCAUGGAGGAUCACAGCCCAUCCAGAUCCGGCGAAGACUAAUGAUGGUGGCUUUCCUGGGAGCAUCUGCAGUAACUGCAAGUACUGGUCUUUUGUGGAAGAGGGCCCAUGCAGAAUCUCCACCAUGUGUAGACAACCUAAAAAGUGACAUCGGUGAUAAAGGGAAGAAUAAAGAUGAAAGGGAUGUUUGUAACCGUGAAAAAAAGACUGCAGAUCUUGCGCCUCACCCAGAAGAGAAAAAGAAGAAACGUUCUGGAUUCAGAGACAGAAAAGUGAUGGAAUAUGAGAAUAGGAUUCGAGCCUACUCCACGCCAGACAAAAUCUUCCGAUAUUUUGCCACCUUGAAAGUCAUCAGUGAGCCUGGUGAAGCAGAAGUGUUUAUGACGCCAGAAGAUUUUGUGCGAUCCAUAACACCCAAUGAAAAACAACCAGAACACUUGGGUCUAGAUCAAUAUAUAAUAAAACGCUUUGAUGGAAAGAAAAUUUCCCAGGAACGAGAAAAAUUUGCUGAUGAAGGCAGUAUAUUUUACACCCUUGGAGAAUGUGGGCUCAUAUCCUUUUCAGACUACAUUUUCCUCACAACUGUUCUUUCCACUCCUCAGAGAAAUUUUGAAAUUGCCUUCAAGAUGUUUGAUUUGAAUGGAGAUGGAGAAGUAGAUAUGGAGGAGUUUGAACAGGUUCAGAGCAUCAUUCGCUCCCAAACCAGUAUGGGAAUGCGCCAUAGAGAUCGUCCGACUACUGGCAACACCCUCAAGUCUGGCUUGUGUUCAGCCCUCACAACCUACUUUUUUGGAGCUGAUCUGAAGGGAAAGCUGACAAUCAAAAACUUCCUCGAAUUUCAGCGUAAACUUCAGCAUGAUGUUCUGAAGCUCGAGUUUGAACGCCAUGACCCUGUGGAUGGGAGAAUUACUGAGAGGCAGUUUGGUGGCAUGCUACUUGCCUACAGUGGGGUGCAGUCCAAGAAGCUGACCGCCAUGCAGAGGCAGCUCAAGAAGCACUUCAAAGAAGGAAAGGGUCUGACAUUUCAGGAGGUAGAGAACUUCUUUACUUUCCUGAAGAACAUUAAUGAUGUGGACACUGCAUUGAGUUUUUACCAUAUGGCUGGAGCAUCUCUUGAUAAAGUGACCAUGCAGCAGGUGGCCAGGACAGUGGCUAAAGUGGAGCUCUCAGACCACGUGUGUGAUGUGGUGUUUGCACUCUUUGACUGUGAUGGCAAUGGCGAGCUGAGCAAUAAGGAAUUUGUUUCCAUCAUGAAGCAACGGCUGAUGAGAGGCCUGGAAAAGCCCAAAGACAUGGGUUUCACUCGCCUCAUGCAGGCCAUGUGGAAAUGUGCACAGGAAACUGCCUGGGACUUCGCUUUACCCAAACAGUAACCCCACACUGCAAGAGGGGACCUCUCCACGCCCAGUACCCCGGACCCCCUCCGCAGAGUCUCGGCAGAGCCCUUUGUGCUGCUGCUUCUAGAAGUAGUCUCCCUUCCUCCCUGGAUGACCUCAGGACUCUCUCGGUUUCCCCUCUUUACCCUUCCCCGUCCCCGUGUUCUGCUGGAUUCUGAUUCUGCCCAAUGAGUAUCCCCAUAGGUUCUCAAAAACAUGAACAAGUCUGAAAAGCUCAGACAUUUGUCAGCCUCAACAGCACUACCCAUUCAAGCAUCCUGUGGAUAAAGAAUGCAGGGAACCAUCCACACACCUGCCAACCCUGGGAAGCAUCCAGUUCUCAAGUCGUUUUUGCUAUGGAUUUAUACUAACAAGAACAUUCCUUGACUUCCCUCCUGCUGGUGUUUUAAAGCCACAAGUAGGGAAGAUAUCUGGCAGGCUGUGAUGAUAGAUGAAGUCUGGUCUUAAACUGUGAUGUCUGUGAUGAUAAAUAAUGAUGAGGAUGACCUAGGCACCCUACGCUAGUGUGAGAAGCCUGUGCCCCAGGAAGGAUCUGUGUUAGUCCCUGGGAUGGCUCCGAGUCCUGCUCUAGGAAGGCAGCGUGCUCAGUGGGAACACAGCAAGAUUCAGAAUUUAAAGUAGUUGCUUCAUGGCUGUGUGCACUCCCUUUUCUUCCUCGCAGCCUCCCUAAGAUGACUCCAGUGUGACCCUGUGCUUAGUGAGCAAUAGUGAUUGAGUUCAUGUUCCCUGCAAGUGCCAUUUCCCCUCCAGGAUGGGCCUCUAAAGCUGAGGACUGGCUUAGAGCCUGUUUGCCCUCUGUCUUAAACAAUUGUAAAAUAUCACUUAAAUUAUAACCAUUUGCAAUAAACAUCCCCAAAGUU